UUGAAUCCACAUGGAGGCGAGCACGAGCAGCCUGCCUGUAGGAUGGGAAGAGCAGUGGAGGAGAGAAAAGGAAAGGAGGGCGCAAGUCCUCGGAGAAGGCAAGGAGGGCAUCGAGCGGGACGAGCAUGAGCUGAGGAGAAUCGUGGCUUUCAAUGACACUCGAUUGGGGCUGUUGAGCAGGAUGGUGGAACAGCACGGGUCAGAUGAAGGCGAUAAUCUCCGGAUUUACAACAGUGAAAGCUUUCCUUGUGAGACGUUCAAGGCUCUGAGGGAGUUGCGUGAAAGGCGUCUUCUCACAGACUUGACAAUGACCACUAAGGAUGGGAGCAGCUUUCACGUUCAUUCCCCCAUUAUUGCUGCUGUCAGCACCGUCGUCAAGGAGCACCUGAUGGAAGAGGUCCAAACUUGCAAUGCGGACCAAGUCGGACCCAACCAGUGGUCCUUGUCUGUGGGUCCAGAAGUGGAUCAGGCUGGGCUACAGGCUGUUGUAAACUUUGCCUACACUGGGGAGAUUUUAAGAGGUGACACCGUAGCUGAAAUUAAGGCCACAGCUCGUGCACUGGGCGUCCACAGACUGUUAGACCUCUGUCACCAAACAUCGAAGGAAGGUCCUAAAAAAGAAAAAGCUCGAGAGGAGAUGAGGCGUACGCUUCAAUCCGUAGAGCAGCUGUGGGCAGACGGAGUGGGCUGUGAUGUCAUUUUGGAUGUGAGCGGUGCUUUGUUCCAUGUCCACAGGGUCAUCCUGGUGACAAGCAGCGACUACUUCCGAGGCAUGUUCACCAGCGGCAUGAGGGAAUCCCGUCAAACCCGUGUUGUCCUUCCUUUAAAGGUAGCUCCAGAGCUUGGUGCUCUGAUUGGUUCUUGCUACCGCGGGACCCUUCCUCUCAGCUGGGACUGCGUCUUUGAGACGGCCUGCACAGCACUCCGGUUUCAGUUCCAGUCGGCCGUCUCCCUCUGCCUGCGCUUCAUGAGACAGGAGAUGGGAGCUGAUUCCUGCCUGGAUGUGGCCUCUUUUGCCGAAGCUUAUGGGAUGUCAGAGCUCCUAGAAGAAGCCAAUGACUAUGUGCUGCGGAACUUCUUGGAGGUGUCUGCCACUGCAAAGUUUACGGACCUCCAGGCUGAGAAGCUUCUAGACCUGCUCUGCAGCGACGGUCUGAGUGUGCCAUCUGAGCUGGUGGUCUUUCGAGCUGUGGUCUCCUGGCUGGAAGCGGAUCCUCAGGAGAGACUGGGCCAUGCCGGACAACUGAUGAGAGGGGUUCGCUUUCCCCUAAUGACGUUCCGAGAGUUCAGAGAGGUGCGGGCAAUUAACCUGCGCAUGGAAGCCAAAGAGAUGCAGCUGUAUGGUGCUGCCUUCAAGGAGUUUGCAUCCACCUUGUCGGUGCAGGAUCAGUGUCGAGUGAGGCGCCCCAAAGCCUCCCUAAUUGUUGUCGGUGGGGACCAGCUCAACCCGGAUGUAGGUCAGCGCAUACCAAGUCGCGAAAUGUGGUUUGCCAACUCCUUGCGCUGUGGAACUGGCCUUGUGAAGGACAUUGAGUGGAGGAAGCUGGCUGAGAUUCCAAGCAAACCAAUGUUCAGACAUGGGGUAGCAACCAUCGGGGAGAGGUUGUUUGUGGUUGGAGGAUGCCACUUUUACUCCAAGGGUGAUGUGAUGAAAUCUACCUACAGCUAUGACGCUGUGCACAAUGUCUGGAAGAGGUGUGCUGACAUGCAGGAAUUUCGAAGCAACUUCUCGGUGGUGGUGCACCAAGGUCAGCUUUGUGCCAUCGGUGGAGAUAAGGAGAUCAACACCAAUGUGGACAGUGUGGAGAUGUAUGACACAGAGGCUGACUCCUGGAGGUUUGUCUGUCCUCUGGACCAACCACUAAGUGGCCAAGCUGCCACAAUCCUCAAUGGAAGGAUCUUCAUCUCUGGAGGUUUUGACCGCCAGUAUGUGUGUCUAACAUCCCUGUUCCUGUACAACCCAGAGGCAGGAAUCACCCACCUGACAGAUAUGACCCAUGACCGAGCCCAGCACUGCAUGCAGACGCUGCGAGGUCGCCUUUAUGUGGCCGGCGGAGUGUGCAAUCUCAGAAGGUUUUACACUGACCAGCUCGCCUGUGAGGUGUACAAUCCCACUGCUGAUUCUUGGACGUCUUUUGCGUCGCUGCCCCUGCCUCACGUGGGAGCAGCUUCGGCCAUCUUGGAGGAGAACCUCUACAUACUCGGAGGGUACUGCCAGGAGGAUUACAGCGAGUCCGGACUCGUCCACCGGUUUAACUGUGGCACGCAGCGUUGGGAAAACAUGGGAAAGCUGCCAGCAGCUGUUACUGACACUAGGGCUUGUGUGCUACGACUUCCCCAGCACUUGAGAUCCUAGUCAUGUUUUGUGCUGAUAAUCCAUGUGUGUAAGAGUUUAAACAAAAUAUUAACAAAUAAAAGUCAUUUGGAUCUUGUGUACAGUGGAUAGAUGUUGCAGGAAGAAAUGGACCAACUCAGGUAGGAGAUGUAGCAAUCUUAUGUAUUUUUAUUUAUGUGCGAUAAUUAAUUUAUUGUUUUAUUUCAGUCAUAAAGACACUCGAGUCAGCGCAAAUAUAAGAAGAUUGACAGGCAAGCAUGAGCAUGCUUGCACCAUCUUGUGUUUUUACCUACAGUCGUUAGUGCUUGGAGGCCCUCUCUUUGUUGUGUUAUUUAGUUAGCAGAUAAACAAGCAAAAAUACGACAUAAUAUACAACAAAAAUAACUUAAACUACAACACCUUUAAACACAGCCCAUUUAAAAAAUAUUACUCUUCAACACUCUUGGAGUAAUUCAUGUUUGAAAAUCAAUUUACAUUGCCCUUGUCAUACAUGCUAUGUGUUGUUUAGUUUUAGUUAGACAAAAAAAUACCACAGAAUAUAUAAGAAAAAUUCCUACAUAGUCACGAUUUACAUUUGUGACGCUGGAAAUUUGCAGAUUUUUCAAAAUAUUUUUUUCCCACAGAGAAGAUCUCAUUCAUCCUAGAAAAAUGACAUAUGUGAUAAUACAGGUACAACGUACAGCAUACAUGUACUGUGCCACGUAAGGACGUGGCUAGGGAAACCUUAGCUUCGACAGUCAAUCUGGCCUCAAACCUUGCAGUGAGGUGAAUAGAAGUUAAUAUGUGAUCCUAAAUUGUUACUGGAAUUUCAACAGGCAAGCGGUGUGGAUUAUGUAGACGCGGCUCGGAGAAACGCCUUCUCUGACACCUAGCCGGGACGACACAUAAGCAGCCUGUAGAGUGCAGGAGUGACAGAUGGGGGCCGUCCCAUAACAACAGAAGUGCAGCUGUAGCACUAGUCUGACGACUAAGAUGAAGGCUAGACCGUCCCUCAGAUUCAUCUUUCAUUAUCAUUCAUUUGUGGUGAGUACCUGUACAUUUUAUCAUUUAAAAUGUGUUUAAUAAAUGUGUGAGGAAUAUUUAGGGUUUAAACCUGGAUUAUGCGUCAAUUAAUUUCGGUUGUUAGCUUUAGAGCAAUGGCAAUGGGAGAGAGACAGGGAGGGACAGUAACUUUUAUUGCAAAUGUUGAUCCCUAAUCAAUCAAGCUUGCAGGAGGGUUUGGCCGAGAGGAGUGAUCUGUGUGUCAAAAAUAGACACUAUUAUGUGCGUCUCAGUUACACCGUUUUUUUUUUGUCAUUCGCAGGUGGUCUCGGAUGGUAACCCCUGCGAAUAGCGGGGGUCUACUCUACAACGCAUUAAAAAAUGUUAAUCUUCAACUACUCUGGAUUACUUUAUCGUAGAAAAUGUCAUAUUUGUUUGUCCUAGAUGCUAUGUGUUUUUCAGUUAGACAAACAAGCAAAAAUAUCACAGAAUAUACAACAAAAAUCACCUUUGUGAACUUAACGACAACACUUUUAAAUACAUCGCAACUCCAACCACUCUGGGAGUCAUUUAUCGCAGAAAAGUGUCCUACAUGCGUACACGUGGUGGCAAACGUAGCAAAGACACCCGCAAAUCGUUGUUAGGCCCGGGCAUCUUGCCCAUAUUCUCCCACCUGCGCAGGGCAGGGUCGUAGCGGUGGACCAUCUUGGUGUCGCUGUAGUCCUCCUGGCUGUACCCUCCUAGCAGGUACAACUUCCCCUCCAAUAUGGCGCUCCCUGCCCCCACGUGAGGCACC